AUGAAAAGAAGUAUCUUUCAGAAUCACGCCAGAGACUUGCCAGCGGUGCAGUACACUCCCCUGGGAAGCUACCAGAUCAAAACCAGUCAAAAACGGCAGCUAUCGCAGCUCUCCACAGCGCCUCUGAGUCAAGCAGAGAGCGGUGAUUCCAGAGUGGGUGCAGCAGAACAGGAAAGAGAGGAAAACAGAAAACCCAACAAAUCCCAGCAGCUGAAGAAGGUCUUCAAGGAAUACGGAGCCGUCGGAGUCGUGUUCCACAUCGGAAUCUCCUUGAUGUCGCUGGGGAUAUUUUAUCUGGCUAUUUCUAGCGGCACUGACAUGACAGCUCUGCUCUUCAAGGUGGGAUUCAGCGAGGCCUUGGUCCAGUCCAAGAUGGCUGCCGGCACCAGUACAUUCGUGCUGGCCUACGCAGUUCACAAACUGUUUGCCCCGGUCCGCAUCAGCAUCACGGUGGUCUCUGUGCCCUUCAUCGUGCGCUACUUCCGAAAAGUGGGUCUUUUCAAGCCCCCUGUCUCUAGCCCUUGAAUACACACCCACCUGGGCUCCAUAGCUGCUGCUGCACUGCAUUUUGGGUGUGAUGUCAUCGCAGCUGCUCAAGUUAGUGUUGCUGCUGGGAGUUUGUUCCUGGCCCAGCCUGUUCACAAACUCUGUUGGACUUUUUCUACUCUAGUUAUUUUUAAAAAGGUAGGGCUUAAAUCACCCAGAUAGAGAGAAUCUUCCUUCAACUGCUUUUGAAUAGUUCUUAGUGGCGUUUGAAAUACAAAUUACCCAUGUCAUUUCAAAAGGUAUUUUACCCCCAGCUGCCCAGUUCCUUACUGCUGCACGCCAGGUGCUGGCUGUCCAUCAGUAAAUACAACAGCAUCCUUGGUUUACAGAUAGGAGUGAGCCUUGGGCAAUGGGUAGGGGGAAAAAAAAUACAUUUAAAACACAGCAGGCAAAUAGCAACCCUGCAGCGUUUACAAUAGAACCGCUUACACAGCAACAGAUAUAUCCGGUCCUUGACUCUGGAAAGGGGAAAAAGACCCGAAAGAUGCCAUAUCUCAGUUGCUUGCUGAAAGCCAUCUGGAACAGACUGCAAAAGGAAACCAGCAUUUACAAUCAUACGAAUCUACCCCAGCCUCUGCAAUAAAACACACCCAAGCUCACACUUUUAAUUGGGUGUUGGAACACUAAGCAUUUAACAGUGAUAGUCUGAAUCUGAUACCAGCGCCAAAAUCUCUGGGAAGAGAGGCGAAAGCUAGCAUCCUGAAUUGCUAAAGACAUCUUGUUUUUCAGUCAACAUUUGUUGUCCUAAAGCCACAUACAGUAAUAGAAAUGAUAAUUAUUAAAAGUCACAAAUGAA